CCUUAGAGAGACAAAUAAGCUUUUGACCCGCUAAAUAUAUACUAGCUACAGUAUGGUUCUUGGAGAAAACUUCAAACAGCGUUUCAUGCUGUAUUUAUCGCUCUUCACCAUAUUUCCUAUCGAUUGCCUUGUUAAUAAUUCCGUACCACUAUCGAUGAGUGAUGUUUCCGACCCGGGCUAUAUUCUCAACAACUUCCUAAGCUAUGAAGACACCAAAGAGUUCCUGGCACGUACGGCACAGCUUUUCCCGGAUAAAGUAAGCAUGGAAAAACUUGGAGAAACGGCAUUGGGUCGCGACAUCGUCAUGGCCGUCAUAAAUCCUCACCCAGCGAAAACAGUCAUCUUGGUGGCGAACUUACACGCUCGUGAGUGGGCCGCAAUGACAUCCGCUCUGUACAUCAUAUCACAACUGGUGUACAGUAGGGAUCAGUACCCGGAGCUGGCCAAUAUCCGAUGGAUGAUCAUGCCAAUACCGAAUCCGGACGGAUAUGAAUACACCAGGGAAUAUGAUCGCUACUGGAGCAAGAACCGAUCUCCACAGCCCGGUGGAACGUUCGGUGUCGAUCUGAAUUCAAACUUUCCACAAAUGUGGGGUAAGGAUGAUUACCCUAUAAACCCGGACGAUCGCAAUUACAAUGGGCCACGUGCCUUAUCCGAGGAGGAAACUAUUGCGGUUAGUGCACUGUUGGAAGAAAUGGCCUUCGACACUAUCCUGUACGUGGAUAUGCAUACGUUCGGAAAUCAUAUAUUUCACCCUUGGGGUUUUGCAAGUGAACCAGCACCAGACGCAGAGAAUGCUAGAACCGUAGCUUUUGCCGGCGCGGAUGCGAUUAAAGCAAAUUUUGAGGAAUAUUACACCGUAGGAACACCGUCUGCUCUGUACCGUCCGGUGUACGGAACCAGUCUGGACUAUUGCCAUGUUUUGACUAUAAAAGCGUGUGUUUGGCUUGAGAUGACCAACAGUGGGUUCCAAUUUGAGGAAAGUAAGAUAGUACCGUACGCUGAAGAAGCUUGGACCGGAAUCAAAGCAAUGGUCAUGAAGGCGGAUGAAUUGUCUGGUCUGUUCUAAGUUGUUAGACCUACACGUAGUGUUGGGUCAAGAGCGAAAGAGGUACCUCAAUCGCUCCGCUCAUCUUAUUGUGCGCGCUCCCGCACAGCCCAUGCGAAAAAGAGGUAGCUCCGUACGCAGCGCUACACACCACAAGGAACGCUACACACAGGAGCGAUUGUGCGAUGCGCUUUUGGGAAAUUUUGCAAAAAAAAAUUAAAUUGAUUUAUUUUAAUGCGAAUCGGUUGAAAAAAGUUUCUUUUC